AUGGCGAAUUCAGUGACCCAAGAUGGUAUUGCGACAGUGUUAUCGAGCCAAUCGUCAUCCUCGGUUCGACCUGAGAUCGUCGUUCAAGUCAUUGAUCUUAAACCUGUUGGUAAUCGAUAUACGUUUAAUGCUAAUGACGGAAAAAAGAAGAUUAAAGUAGUGUUACCUGCUACUUUAACAUCUGAUAUCAUAUCAGGAAAGAUCCAAAAUCUGGGCUUGAUUCGUCUCCUUGAUUAUACUGCCAAUGAUAUUCCAGGCAACUCAGAAGAAAAAUACUUGCUUGUAACAAAAUGUGAGGUUGUUGCUUGUGCACUUGACUCAGAGAUUAAAGAUUCUACAGGCAUAGUGUUGAAACCAAAGGAUAAGUUUGUAGCCAAAUCAGCUUCUCAGAGAAUCAAUGAGCAGAGCGGAAAUGCUGCACCAGCUGCAAGGAUGGCAAUGACCAGGAGGGUUCAUCCGUUAGUGUCAUUGAGCCCUUACCAAGGAAGUUGGACCAUUAAAGUCCGUGUUACAAACAAAGGAGUCAUGAAAAAUUACAAAAAUGCAAGAGGAGAAGGGUGUGUUUUCUACGUGGAACUCACUGAUGAGGAAGGAACACAGAUUCAGGCAACGAUGUUUAACGCAGCUGCAAAGAAGUUUUAUGACACACUCCAGAUGGGAAAAGUCUUUUACAUAUCUAAGGGAUCACUUAAGCUUGCUAAUAAUCAGUUCAAGACGGUUCAGAACGAUUAUGAGAUGACUCUGAAUGAGAAUUCAGUGGUUGAAGAAUCUAAGAACGAAGAAAUGUCUGUCCCUGAAACAAAAUUCAACUUUGUACCCAUUGAUGAGUUGGGUGCAUAUGUGAAUCAGAAGGAUCUUAUUGAUGUUAUUGGCGUAGUCCAAAGUGUUUCUCCAACGAUGAGCAUCAGAAGAAAAAGUGACAAUGAGAUGAUCCCAAAGAGGGAUAUAACUUUAGCUGAUGAGACAAAGAAAACUGUUGUGGUGUCCCUUUGGAAUGAUCUAGCAACUGGCCUAGGGCAAGAGCUUCUAGACAUGGCUGAUAAGUACCCAAUCAUUGCGAUUAAGUCUCUAAAAGUUGGCGAUUUUCAAGGUGUGUCAUUGUCCACUGUCAGCAGAAGCAAUGUGGUGAUAAAUCCUGAUAUACCAGAAGCUACAAAGUUGAGAUCAUGGUAUGAUUCUGAAGGUAAAGAGACAUCUAUGUCUGCUAUUGGCUCUGGGAUGAGCCCUUCUGCUAAUAAUGGAUCAAGAGCCAUGUAUUCGGACAGAGUUUGUCUUUCUCACUUCACAACCAACCCGUCUUUAGGCACGGACAAGCCUGUGUUUUUCAGUACUAGAGCUUACAUAAGCUUUAUCAAGCCAGACCAGGUAAUGUGGUACCGUGCUUGCAAGACCUGUCACGAGAAAGUGACUGAAGCUAUGUACUCUGGUUACUGGUGUGAAAAUUGUCAAAAAAAGAAUGAAGAAUACAGCUUAAGGUAUAUAAUGGCGGUGAAAGUCUCUGAUUCAACCGGUGAAGCCUGGUUUUCUGCUUUCAAUGAUGAAGCAGAGAAGAUUAUAGGAUGCACAGCUGAUGAACUCAGGAAACUAAAAUCAGAGGAAGGUAAAGUGAAUAAGUUUCAGACAAAACUGAAAGAAGCUACUUGGUCAGAACAUCUCUUCCGGGUCAGUGUUUCUCAACAGGAGUAUAACAGCGAGAAGAGACAGAAGAUAACUGUAAAAAGUGUUUCUCGGAUUGAUUUUGCUGCUGAAACAAGAUUAUUGCUCAGAGACAUUUCCAAGAACAAGAACACAUCUCAGUUUUAAAAUGAUUUGUCAAGCUUUUGUUAAACUAGAAGUCUCAAAGUAAUUCACUUUAUAGAAAACUAUAGACUAGUUGGAUUAUUCGGAUUUAUUAAGAUUGUUUUAAAUUGAUGUUAACUGAUUAGUACAGUUUAAACCAAUUUAAAUUGUAUAAAUCGAGUUGUGAACAACACAA